AUGGUCAGUAGACAAAAGACAAAAAAAACAAAAUUGUCAGGUGCAGAAGAGGCAGGUGCAGAAGAGGCAGGUGCAGAAGAAGCAGGUGAACCUCCAAAGGAUGAUGCUCCAAAAACUGCGGAAAAUAGAGGCAUAUCCAUACUGGACCUUAUUAUGAGAAUAGUUGCUAUUAUUGGUACCUUGGGAAGUGCCAUUGCCAUGGGAACAACAAAUGAAUCACUUCCCUUUUUCACGCAGUUCAUCCGCUUCAGGGCUGAAUACAAUGAUCUUCCAGCAUUCAGGUACUUCGUGGUUGCAAAUUCCAUAGUAACUGCAUACCUGAUUCUUUCACUUGCACUAUCUAUCUUCCACAUUGUUAAAAGUGGCGCACGAGUAACAAGGACAGUAUUGAUCAUCUUUGAUAUGGCAAUGCUGGCAUUUUUAACAUCUGGAGCUUCUGCUGCGGCUGCCAUUGUUUACCUAGCGCACAAAGGCAACACUCGGGUCAACUGGUUUGCUAUCUGUCAACAGUUCAACUCCUUCUGUGAGCGAGUCUCUGGCUCUUUAGUUGGAUCCUUUAUAGCAAUUCUUGUGCUUAUGCUGUUGAUUUUGUUGUCUGCUAUUGCUCUGUCUCGGAAUUGA